AUGGAGCUUGGGCCACUCCUGAGUCCUGGACCUGAAGUUGUUCAAGCUCGAAAAGUUGUUAGUGUUCAAGAAUCGACAAUUACAACCAAACACACACUCUUCCUUACCAAAUCCAAGAUGCCUGCCCCUACCUACAUCAUUUCCAAAAUUGGUGACCCCAUCUUCGCCAUGUUCAUUGGCCUCGGAGCUGCUGCGACUAGAAUCAACAGAGAGGAGAAAGAGCAAGGUCGUUCUACCCAAACCACAAUUGAUGCUGGAUUACGAAGACUUGGCAUACGGAAAGCCGACUCGACUAAGAACGUCUAA